GUCUCGCUGUCCCUGCGCCCCCCUCUCCAAUCUCAAUUUCCUCGUUUCUUCUAUCAACGGUUUGCUGCGUCACCUUUCUUCCAAUGCCAGACCGUACCUCAUGAGGAAUGGCAUCAGAUCCGGAAGUCCUGUCCGUCGUGACGGGUGUCGUGGUGCUGGUGUUUAUCAUCAUUAGCAGUGUACCUGCACUCGUGAAGACUAGUCGCCGAUUGGAGGGGGACUCUCAAUUCAUCCGCCUGGAUGUGUCGCCAAUUGCCAAACCGGGAUACGAGGAUGAGGACGGGGAAGCCUCGGAGGCAUCGUUGCGGACGUACUCGGAUACCUGGCAGAAGGUCGCCAUCGCCAUCUUCUCCGUGACGGGAUUGGAAUUGUCGUUGGCACUGGCCAUUGUAUCACUUCAGUCUAAGAACCAGAACUUCUUGGUCGUGCCGUUUUGGCUGCAGACGGGAGGCUGGAUGAUCCACUGCGCCCAGUCGACAGCCUUCUUUGUUGAACGGUCUACUGUGGAGCGAUACACGCUCGGCCUCUACGCGUUCUGGGCCAGCGCGCUCACCCUGGCUGUCUCCGGCCUCAAUAUUUUCAUCCCGUGGUGCUACGGCAACGACGUCAACAUUGGCCGUGCGUCUACGGGACUGCUUGUUAGUCAGGCAGCUGUGGCAAUGACACGCGGUCUCUGCUCCAUUCUAAUCCCUCGUCGACCAAAUGUUUACUUCCAGGGCCAAGAGGUCGAUCAGGAGUUCACAGUCAGUGCGUUCAACCGUUUCACCUACACAUACGUCAGCACUUUACUCCACUACACGGGACAGAUCAAAAACUUGGACGUCGAUAAUCUGCCCAAGUUGCCCUUUGCAGCUCGUGCACAGACUCUGCACGCGCGUUUGGAACAGACUCGAGGGAUGUUAAAUCUCUGGAAGACGUUGGUGCUGGGAAAUGUUCGGCCGCUGGUUUUGCAGACUAUUCUCAGCGUGGUGACUUGUGUUCUGGGAUUCGGACCGCAGGUAGCCUUGUACGGCAUCCUGACAUCGCUGGAGGGGAGGUCAAGCGAGUCGGGCCCGGUGACUGCCGCGUGGCUGUGGGUGGUAACUCUUGGCUUGAUGCUGGUCUUGUCCCUGGGAAUCGAGUCCUGGCUGUGGUGGCUGAUCUACUCGCAGCUGUGGAUCCCGAUCUACGAGGGUCUGUCGGCCUUGGUGUUUGCUAAGUCGAUGCGCUGCAAGGACGCCAAGCAUCUGAAACCAUCAACGAAAGAGGGAGAUGAGGAUGGCGAGGACGAGCAGGAGAAAAGCAGACAAAGUAUUAUCAAUUUGGCCGCUGUGGACUCAAAACGCAUUGCGGAUUUCGCCACGUUCAACUAUCUCAUCCCGUCAUGUCUCAUGAGACUUGGCAUCGCCUCGGCUUUUUUGGUACAUCUCAUCGGAUGGCGCAGUCUACUGGCGGGCGUUGCUAUAGCCAUCCUGGUCACUCCCGUUAAUGCAUUUCUGACAAAAGGGUACACUUCUGUGCAGCAGGAGCUCAUGAAGGCGAGCGACAAAAGGACAUCAGCCGUGACGGAGGUCAUCCAGGGUAUUCGCCAGAUAAAAUUUGCCGCUCUGGAGCAGGAAUGGCAGAACCACAUCACAGAGAAGCGAGAGGCUGAGCUGAAGCUACUGUGGAAAACCAGUCUCUACACUACCGGCAUGGUUUCAGUGUGGAUUUUAGGACCAUUGAUGCUCUCAGCUGUCUCUCUAACAGUAUACGCACUGAUCCACGGCGAAUUGUCUGCCUCGGUCGCAUUCACAGCGUUGUCAGUAUUUGGAAAUCUGGAAUCCGCAUUAGCUAGCUUACCAGACCUCCUUUCUCGGGCGAUGGAAGCCAAGGUGAGCACCGAGCGUAUCGACAAGUUCCUCACAUCCGCCGAAAAGGCUCCACAUACACAAGACGUCGAGGAGAUCUCGUUCGAGAACGCUACACUUGCGUGGCCGGCAGAUGAGUCGACAGACGACCAGAAAGACUGGGGGCGCGACGACCGAUUUGUUCUCCGCCACUUGACAAUGCGAUUUCCCCGGAAAGGCUUGAGUGUGAUUGCUGGAAAGACGGGAUCCGGGAAAAGUCUCGUUCUUGCCUCUCUCCUGGGAGAAUGCGAUAUUUUAGCCGGGUCUGUCUCGGUACCACAUGCUCCUCCUCUGGACGAACGAUUCGACCAUCAUGCCACGCAUGACAAUUGGAUUAUCGACACCGCCAUCGCCUACGUGGCGCAGAACCCCUGGAUGGAGAAUGCCACGAUAAAAGAUAACAUCCUCUUCGGACUGCCUUACAACUGGUCCCGGUACCGCAAGGUGCUUUUUGCAUCUGGCCUGGAAAAGGAUCUCACGAUGCUACCGGACGGCGAAAUGACCGACAUCGGGGCAAACGGGAUCAAUCUGAGCGGCGGCCAGCGAUGGCGAGUCUCGUUUGCUCGUGCUUUGUACUCUCGCGCCGGAAUUCUGGUUAUGGACGACAUCUUCAGCGCGCUGGACGCGGAAACCGGUCGGCACGUUUAUGAGCAUGCCUUGACAGGAGAGCUGGGGCGAGACAGAACGAGGAUUCUGGUGACACAUCACGUCGGGUUAUGUCUCCCGCGUACCGACUAUUGUGUGCUUCUCGAAAAUGGAUCCAUGUCGCAUGCAGGAACAGUUGAAGACCUCAGCAAGAUGCAAGGGCUUACCGAUGUCCUUCAAAAUCUGGCCAUCGAAAGAGCGGCCAAAAGGCAACAGGCAGACGAAGAAGAUGCGGUUUCCCGACGAAAACGUUCCUCUGUUGGUCCUCCUCCGGCUGCAAGCGACGAGAGCCCUCGGAAGUUCACGCAGGACGAAAAGCGAGAGACGGGAGCUAUCUCGUGGAGGGUAUAUAAGGCGUAUGUGAGCAAGGGAAAUCGCCUGCCAGUGUGGGCGCUCACCUUUCUGGCUUAUGUUGCGUUCACUGCCCUUUUGGUUGGUCGUUCCUGGUGGGUGAGUCUCUGGACAAGCUCGUCGCAUACGUCGUCGCAUCCAGUACACACAGUCAGUCUCUGGCAUCACACCCUCAGUACCACCAAGUCGUCCAUCGAUCCCGAUCUUGUCUUCUAUCUCAGUGUGUAUGUUGGAAUUUCUGUCGCCGCUUGUGCAGUCGGGACUCUUCGAACCCUCUCCCUUGCGUUUGCAUCGCUUCACUCGUCUCGACAAAUGUUCGAUGAUCUUCUCGCCGUCGUAUUACGAGCGCCUCUUCGAUGGCUGGAUACUGUUCCCCUCGGUCGCAUUCUGAAUCGGUUUACAGGAGAUGUCUAUAUGCUUGACUGGCGACUUGCCUACGAUCUGGGCAACCUGGUCUUCAAGAUCCUUGAGCUUGUGGGCAUCAUCGUGGCGGGUGUUAUGGUAUCGCCGGCCAUUAUGGUCUUCGCUGGCUUGCUCCUUGUGGUGUGUGUUCAGAUGUCUUGGACUUAUCUUGGUGGCGUACGCGAAGUGAAACGCCUGGAAAGCACCGCCAAAAGCCCGGUCAUGGAGCAAUUCGGGUCAAGUCUUGUUGGCCUGACGACAAUCCGCGCGUUCAACAAAGCCGAUGUAUACGUCCGUCAGAUGUACGAGCGCAUUGACCGACAUGCGCAGGCCGCGUGGAAUCUCUGGCUCUUCAACCGAUGGCUUGGAUUCCGCAUGAGUAUUGUGGGAGCCGUUUUUUCGACUGCCACUGCGGCCUUUGUUGUUUACGUUCCCUCCAUUUCCGCUGCUCUCGCCGGCUUCGCCAUGAGCUUCGCGCUGCAAUACAACUACGCGGUCGCUAUGGGGCUGCGCUUCUACGCCAACGUCGAAAUGGAUAUGAAUGCGACCGAGCGAGUGCUCGAAUACACUGCCAUGGAGACGGAGGACCAAGGAGGCAUCGAUCCGCCGGCGGCAUGGCCGACCCGGGGACACGUUGAGGUUGAAGAUCUCCAAGUGGGCUACGCCCCUGAAUUGCCUCCUGUCCUGGAUGGACUCAGUUUCACCAUCGAGCAUAACCAACGGGUCGGCGUCGUUGGGCGGACCGGAGCCGGCAAAUCCUCACUCACUCUCGCAUUUUUCCGCUUCCUCGAAGCCCGACAAGGCCGCAUCACGAUAGAUGGACAGGAUAUCUCCAAAAUCAAACUUCAAUCCCUUCGCAGCCGACUUGCCAUCAUCCCGCAAGAUCCGGUCCUCUUCUCCGGCACUGUUCGGUCCAAUCUCGACCCAUUCCAUGAGCACACAGACCUAGAACUGUACAACGCACUCGAACGCGUUCAUCUCCUUUCCUUCGAAGACACGCUCACCCUGGGGUCACAAUCCAGCAGCCACGAUCCCCUCAGUGGCAGCGAUACAAUCGCCUCAUCGUCCGCCUCCACAGCGACAACAGCCCAACCCAAACCCGCCAACGCCUUCGCUUCUCUUUGGUCUCCUAUUUCCGAAGGUGGAUACAACCUCUCACAAGGCCAACGCCAACUCCUCUGUCUAGCGCGGGCUAUAGUCUCGCAACCGAAGAUCAUGAUUCUCGACGAGGCCACAUCCGCGGUGGAUAUGGAGACCGAUGCGUUGAUCCAGCGAUCUAUUCGUGCAGAGUUCGGCCGCAACAGCUCUCUCAUGGUGAUCGCGCACAGACUCAGCACGAUCGCCGAUUUCGACAAGAUUCUCGUCAUGGAUGCCGGCCGGGCGGUUGAAUUCGGGACGCCAAAGGAGCUGAUGCAGAUCAAGACAGGCGUGUUUCGGAAUUUAGUGGAAAGUAGUGGUGAGAGGGCGGUGCUGGAGGAGAUAAUUCUGGGUAAACAGAAGUAAUUCAUCCGUUAUUUAGGGAGCUGUGUACGUGAUUUCAUAUUUUCUGGGUUGGAAUAAUUGCUGUUUUAGCGUCGGCAGAUGAUCUUGAUGUUCAUAAAUUUUCAGACUGAGAAUCACC